AUGCAACCUGCCGUUCUUUUCAAUAAAGAACUUACAGGAAAUUGGCAAAAAAUUUCCGAUGAAAUGAAAAAAAUAAAAUGGCGCGUUAGAUUUAUUGAAGCUACACCAGGGACCCCCGGGGAUAUUACUUUUCCCAAACCUAAUAUUACAUUUGUAUGUUUUUCACACGAGCAAUGGGAUCAUAUCAAUUCUGAGAAUGAGAAAAUUACAGUUGUUGGAAAUUUGAUGGAUAGAAUUCAAAAAUCAAAACAACGACAUGCUAAAGUUAUUUUGUUGAUGAAUCUUGAUUCUUCAAAUAUACAAAUGUUGUAUGAGAUCCAGGCCAGACUAUUACUUGAAUGUAUCACCAUCGAUGUACUUCCUUUUCAUAAUCCACAAGAAGCUAUCACUUUAUUUGAUAUUAUUGUUACUGGAUUAUUUCCUGAUAAUCAACCAUCAAUCGCUCAACGAUUAAACAUGGAACAAAAAAGCAAUAUCAAUGACCCUACAAGUUUGGCAUCUACAAAUAAAUGGGUUCAUCUUAUUACACAAAUAACAGGAGGAUCAAAAAAACUUCGUUUACAUGAUUGCUAUGUUCUUCAAGAAGGACUCCAUAGCAUAUACAAUAUAGCUACAGCGACACUACCUCAAUUAUUGGAUUGUUCAUUAGAUCGCGACACCGCACAGGACGUGAUAAAAUUCUUCGAAGCGGAUUAUGUCAUCGAUUAAAUUCAUACAGUCACGUGCAGUGGUUGGAAUAAAAGAUUUUUUUUUAUUUGAAAAUAUAUAUUUUCAUAAUUUAAUUUCAAAAUAUUAUUUUUCAUACGGUAAUUAAUAACGAAAUUUCGAAAUAUUUUCGCCAAUUCCGAGUCGUGUUAUUUAUAAUACUAUAAUGUAAGGUAUUUAAUAAAUUUUUUAAAAAAAUAAAAAGUUUUUCGUCUAUAAUACUUAAUUACGCUAACAAAAUAUUUGAUUUAUGAAGUAUAGGUCGUUAGGAAGCUAAAUUUUAAAUUUUUUUAUAUAAACGGUGGUAC